AUGGCAGGCAUCCGACAGUCAGCUGGCAACACGGCCUGGGUCGUAUCAGCGGAGCACAGGCUAUUCAAUCAUGAGGCAUCCGUCUUGGGAAAUGGACCUCCCGAUCUCAUCACAAAGGACCCGGUGGGUGACAAGUGGCGGUACUUGGAAGAAGAGCUGCUGUUCAAGAUGAGGCCACCUCACGGCCAACUCACUGAACCUCAGAUCACUACCAAAAUAAAUAUCCUGCCCAAGGGUGCUGCAUCGAGUGUAAGAACUCCAACGGUUGAGGAGCUGAAAAGAUAUACCGCGCAGCUCGGCAAUCUCAGUCAAGAAGCAUCUGUCCAGACCCAGGAGAACACAACAGGGGAAGUUUCCUUGAGUUUAGACCAGAAACUCUUUGAGCUGCUUCUGGCUAUCAGUCGCUGCCUGAACAACAUGGAGCAGAUGUUAAACACCUGCGUGCUCACCAGCGAAGCCGUGCAGCAGGAGGUAUAUGAGACCCUCUCUGUGGAGCUGCAGAAACUUCAUGCCGAUAUCGGUCAAAAGAAGGACGAUCUUUUGAAGUCUGUAACCUCUGCUGGCGGCAGCCCUGAUCGGUUCUCCCAGUGUUUUAGCAACCUGCAGGCAUGGCUGCAGUCGACGCAAGAAGCCACUGCUUCUAGGGGUAAAUCUAUGAAAGCCGAGCUGGACUAUCACAACAAUUUUCAGAACCAAAUCAGGCUAUUGUACGAUGCCUUGAUUGAGAAAAAAUCCAGGCUGCAGCAGUCCUUCAGCGCUCUGAGCGGGCACGGCGUUUCCGAGCAGCUCCAGAAAAUCGACACCCACGAGCUGGAAGAACUGCAGAACUUUGAGACACAGACAGCAAAACUGCGAGUUCACGCAGAGAGACUUAAGUUGCCUGUUGCCCUGACCCAUGACGUUUAUAAAUUGGAGGAUGUGCUAGAUGACCUUUGGGGGACCCUAAGAGCUAAACAAAGGGAGCUAACCCCUCCGUUUAUUAGCGAACGACAGUAUGAACCUUUGUUACGUGGACUAAGGGAACUCGUAGAUCUCGGACAAGAGAAAGUCGCCCAGGUGACGGAUCUGAAAGCGACCAGUCGACCAAAUUUGCAGCUUCAUCUGCAAGAUCACAAGAAUUUUUUCCGCAAGUUGAACGCUCACAUGCUGCUUGUGGAAAUGUGCUUCAAAAGAGUGGCACCUUCUCUGUUGCAAAAGAGAGAGAAACUCUGGAAGGAACUGGUUGAGGAGAUCAAAUCUUUAGAGCAGCAGGCGGUCCAACAGGGAACCCGUUUGGAGAGACAGUUGCAGGACUGGAUAGAAUUUGAUAAGACUUACACCUCUUUCUGCCAAAAACUAGAGGCACUGUCGUCUUCUGUGCCUUCUGUAACUCUGGUGGAAGAAACGGAAGAAAGGUUAAUGGAAAGGUCUGGACUUCUCCAGGACUGGAUAGAAUUUGAUAAGACUUACACCUCUUUCUGCCAAAAACUAGAGGCACUGUCGUCUUCUGUGCCUUCUGUAACUCUGGUGGAAGAAACGGAAGAAAGGUUAAUGGAAAGGUCUGGACUUCUCCAGCAACUCAAAAGGAACGUGGAAGAAGAACAGGGAAGGUAUCAUCAGAUACUGAAAGAAGGGAAGAAAUUAUUGGAGCUCACAAAUUGCCCUGAGUUGGAAAAUCAGGUUGGGAAAUUAGAAGACCAGUGGACAUCUCUUUCCAAAAAAGUGGGUCAUGAGCUACAGAGACUUGAGACUUUGUUCAGACUCUUGACCAGUUACAACCGAGAUUCGAAGGAGCUGGAGAAGUGGUUGGAGUCUGCUCAGCAGAGGGUGAAUUUCUGGAAGGAGCAAUCUCUCAGUGCAUCCCAGGACCUGAACACUGUCAGCCACAAUAUCCACAGCUUACUGGCAUUCUUAAAAGAGGUUGAUGGUAAAUCUUCCUUGAAAUCAUCGGUCGUCAGUACUGGCAAUCAGCUUUUGCUUAUUAAGGAGUCCGAUGCAGCCAUGUUGCGAUCAGUUUUGGCAGAAUUUGAGCAGAAGUGGGCAGAUCUGAUAUCUCAACUUCCAAGCAUCCAAGAGAAGUUUCACCAGCUCCUGAUGGCCAAGCUGCCUUCCAGUGAGGCCAUCACAGAAUUAAUUGCCUGGAUGAACCACGUAGACCAAGAAAGACACCGCGAGGCCUCUGUAAAUUCACUGAGUACCACCUGCCAAGUGAAGGACCUUCUCAAGAAGAACAGGGAAUACCUGAUGGAAAUGAACUUUAAACAGUGGGUAGUUGAUUAUGUCAACCAGUCGCUACUGCAGAUGACGACUUGCGACGUAGAAAGCAAGCGAUACGAGAGGAUGGCCUUUGCAGAGCGUCUCGGAGAAAUGAAUCUGCGAUGGCACAGGCUGCAGGGGUCUCUGAACAAAAAGGCACUAGAAAGCCAGCUGGCCACUAAAUCGGAGGAUAUGGAUCAGCUGAAACAAGCUUUAGGUGACUGCACAGAACUUCCUGAGGAGGUUGUGUCAAGAAUCGACGAAUUGGAUCAACAGAGGAGCAGAGUUGUCAACCAGGUGGCUGCGCUGAAGUCCUCGACCCAGACGUCUGUAGAGCGGUGGAAGCUUUAUGAUGAAGCCUGGGAAGAAGUGAAGUCCGCCCUUACCGGAGCUUCCUAUUGCGCGGAGCACAGCAGGCCUCCUGUGAUUACGCUGGGGACCCUGAGGAGCCAGGUGGAAAGCCUCCAGUCUCUUCAAGAUAAAGCAGAGGGUAGUGAAGAGCUCUGGGCUAGACUCCAAGCUACUGGUGAUAAUCUGAAGAAGUUGUGUGAUCCCACGUGUUCGGACGUUAUUGACCAGAAAUACAAGGAGGCGCAUACAAGGUGGGUGCUGAUCAACCAAGACAUAGCAGAUCAGCUGCAGAAAGCCCAAACUUCUUUGCAACUUUGGGAAUCGUACGCUGGCUUACACGCUGAGUUGACGGCCAAGCUGGACAAGCACGAAGAGCAGUGCACUUCCCUUUUGGUGGCUACCGUCCCUGCGAGCGGCACGAUGGACUUCCUGAGGCAGAAGUCGCAGACUAUCGAA